AGUUAACAAUUAAAACAAGUUUAAACACUUAAUUUCAAAGAAUCAACACUUUCAUAUAAUUUCAAAGUGUACAAGUAAGCUAACUCAAAUGCAAAGGUUAGACAUUUUAGUAACAAGUAGGCUAUUAUUACUAAAAAGUCUGACAGAAAGAACAUCUUGAUAAACUGGCAAUGUUGAAACAUCAUAUGAACUUAGGUUCUCAGAUGACUCUAUUUUCUAAUCUGGACCAAUAUCAAAACAAGGAAGUGGGUAAUGUGCUAUGUCUGGCUGGCAUUCAUAGGAGCAUACAGGUAGUUCCUCCCAUUUUCAGUCCCUUUUCUAUACUAUAAAUAGGAAUAUCCUUUGAGGAUGUGUCCAUAACAUUAGUGCUUACUCCAAGUGAAACUACAAAAUGGAGCUGCAGACAUGGCUUCUGAUGUUCUUUACGUGCUGCUAUGCUGUGCCACAAGACAUGUCAGGGAAGGAAAUCAUUUUCCCAGUAGAGUCAAACACCGCCUAUGUCAAGAUAACCCCUGACAUGAACAAAAUCUUCUUUGCUGUGACUGUCUGCGUUCGAUUUUUCACCGACUACCAGACGAAGGAGCUGACCAUUUUCUCAUUGGCCACGCCUUCUCAUGCUGAUGGUUUUGUCAUCUUCAGGGGAGAUGGGGGAAAUUACAGGGUGUACAUUCAGGACCAAGGUAUCUAUUUCUGGGGAUUGCCAGACAAAAUGAACGAGUGGAACUCUGUUUGUGGGACGUGGGAUGCCAGUACAGGAUUGACUCAACUGUGGGUGAAUGGGAAGCCAAGUGCGAGGAAAGCUCUCCAAGCCGGCGGCUCCAUCUCUGGUACACCGAGUAUUAUUUUAGGUCAGGACCAAGAUGCAUACGUUGGUGGGUUUGAUGUGUAUGACUCCUUUUACGGACAUGAGACCGAUGUCCACAUGUGGGACAGAGUGCUCUCUCCAUGUGAGAUCCAAAGCUACAUGAAGGGGGAGGUGUUAUCUCCAGGGAAUGUGGUAAACUGGAACGCACUAAAAUACACAAGGCAUGACUAUGUGGUUGUUGAGACGAUGCAGAACCUGAUCUGUUAAAAAUUUGACCGCAACAAUCACAAACAGAUCAUUUCAAACUAUGCUUACAUUUGUAUACGAUCAUGUGUCUAUAUUAUGCGUGGGAAUAGUUUGGAACAGAUUUCCAAAAUUUAAAUAACUUGGAGCUGAUUUCCUGGUGUUUUUACAGUCUUUUAUGUCCCAAAAUUAAAACAAGAAAAAAAGUUUGGGGGCGGAAUAAAACCACCCACGGGCCAAAUUUGGCCUGCGUGCCGCCAGCUGGGGAACCCUGCUGUAGGGGUUUGUAUCAAUUAUGUAUUAAAACACUAGAUUGUUGAUUAUAAAAUUUGAUAUGUAUUGGCCAUUGAGAGACUUUGAAGCCACUGUCCGCCAUAUUGGUACUUCUCAGAAGGAGCAGUCCUCCAUAGGAAUGAAUGGAAUGCUACAUUAUUUCAAUUUAAUGUUUCAAGCGCAAAAUUACAUAUCUUUAAGUAUUUAUUUGUUGUAGAGUGAACAGUAACAUUCGUAUUCUCAAAAAAUUAUACUUUAAGGAAAAACUAUUUUUGUUUUGUUUGUUCAUAUAAUACAAUUUAAAAGUAUGCAUUAAGGUGUCUGUUAUAUAAUAUGCUUGACAAAGUGUUGGAGGGGUACAGAAAUGGUGACAGUGACUUCAAAAUAGCGCCACCUGUCAGUCAUCUAGUAUUAAUAUGCACCAUUGGUUUGUAUGUGUGCAAGAGCAGAUGGACGUUAUGGCUCCCUGCGUCGAGGCCAUGUCAAGCAGGGUUCGAAAUAAAGAACCAAAAAGGACAUAGCCGUGCCUCUCCACUUAUAAUUGUUGAUAUCACAAUGCCAAAUUUACUUUCUCAUUUGAAUAAAAUCUCAAUAAUAAAUACAAUGAAAAUGUACAACCACGUCUUUAUUAAUUGUUUGUGUUUCCACGACAUCCUAAUGUUUGACACCGCAGUAAAGC